AUGCGUGGGCAGCGAGUAAUGAAUAUUGAAUCUCCUUUCCCCUUCGCCAAGCUCCCUCCUCAUCCCCUGCUUUCUCCUCUCCGAUCAGAUCUCAUCCCCCUUCUCCCCUCCUCCCCUUGGGUCAUGACAGUUAGCUACGGCGGGAGGAUCGAGCGCGCCCAGGGUCAGCCGCCGAGGUACGUCGACGGUGAGCACCUGCUCCUCAACGUCGUCUCGUCCGUCUCCACGAGGGGCUUCCGCGACCUGCUGGCGGCGCGCGCGGGCUUCUCCGACUUCUCCCUCAAGUACUGCUACUCCGGCGAGGGGCUGGACUCGCUCUGCGACGUGGACACGGACGAGGACCUGCGGGACAUGCUGGACAUGCUGCUCUACCGGGAUCUGCAGGUCCGGCUGUUCAACGACCAGAACACGCGCCGGUUCCGGGUCUACCUGUUCCGCGACGCCGCCGCCGCCCCGUCGCCGACCUCCCAGGCCCUCGGAAAACCAGCUCCCAUGCGGCACAGCGCGACGUCGCCGGCUCUGUUGCCGGCGAAGCCGGCCGACGUCGACGGGCGGCCCUCCCAGGGCCUGGCCGCUCCCGCUCCCUCUCCCGUGCCGCGGAUCAUGACUUCGCCGAAUCCAUUGCGCGAGACGUCGACGGCUGGCCCGGCGCCCUCCAAGCCGCCGCUCGCCCCUGCUCUCGGACGGCGGAGAGCGUCGUCGCCUUUGUUGACGGCAGACUCGACAAAUGACACGGCUUCUUUGAUCACCACUACGUCGACAUCAGCAGCCAGAGCUACCCAACAUACACAACCCCACGCUGCGGCAUUCCGGCCGGCAGAGCUGAGUAAUCCGUUGUGCAAGACAUCGACAGCUGGCACGGCGCCCUCCAAGCCGCCGCUCGCCCCUGCUUUCGCACGGCGGAUAGCGUCGUCGCCAUUGUUGACGGCAGACUCGACAAAUGGCGCGGCUUCUUUGAUCACCACUACGUCGACAUCAGCAGCCAGAGCUACCCAACAUACACAAACCCACGCCGCGGCGUUCCGGCCAGCAGAGCUGAGUAAUCCGGUGUGCUAG